AUGUGUGGCCUUUUUUCUGCGCUCUUCGGCAAGAAGAAGCAAAAAACAUGGACUGAGCCAAUUGUCAACCCAGCCAGUCAACCAAGACCAACGCGGGUCCCAACCACACAGCCGCUGCCGCAGCAGCAAACUCCUCGGACAGCAAGUGUCCCAAUAUUUAUACAACAGGGUCCCUCACAACCUGGCAAGCAUUUGACACGCCCGGACGACUACAACAGCCAAUGCCCCUACCGCGACGAGGAGGCGGCAUUCCAGGCGCAGUAUUACCUGCGCGGCAAAUACGGCAAGUCUUGGAAAAGUCCCCCGGAGAGCCAUAUCUUGGUAUCUCCUCCGGGGAUUCCAGUCCCCAUGCGCAGCGCCGAUUCCGUCUGGGCAGUGACUUGUGGCCCCCACAGGACAGGGCCACAAAGAAAGGUUCAUUUUGACGAGGCUCAGCGUCGUCCCUUGAGCAGGACAAACUGA